AUGGCGGGUCGCUCUGGACUCUCAUCCAUCGGAAGGGGAAUCCCCGCUGCGUCCAUUGACUGGCGAAGUCUUCUGUCAGGCAAGACCAAAGCAGGGGACGCAAAAGUGGUACUUAGUGGCUCAGCCUGGAGUCCAGACUUCAUACAGGAGCUGUUGCCAGCAGCAGAGAGGACGGCACUACUUUACCAUGUGUCCUAUCUGUGUCUGGCCGGCUUUCCCACCCUGGAGAGGCUGCUCCGGAGCAGGGCCCUGGAGACUCAGCUCCUCUUUGGCUCCUCAGAGGCUCUCCUGUUCAAGUGUAUUGGUACCAGUGAGAACUUGGUGAAAUCCCUGUUCCCUAUGCUGAAAAUAGCAGUGGAAAAGAACAAGCCCACACUCGCUGUGAAGUACCUGGAGAAGGCAAAAGCUUGGAUUACCAAGAUCAUCACUGAAGUUGAACAGAUUGUGGAGAGAUAUAAUUCACACAACAGAGAUAUUGCCACAACCACCAGUGAUGUUAUCACAGAGAAGACUGAAACUGACAAAAAGAUUGAAUCUCAAACCAAGGAAGCUGAAAUAGCUGAGACCACUGUGGAAAAGUACAAGAAAGACCUGCAACAGGUUACUGCAGAGCUGGCAGAUAAAGAGAAAGAAAUAAACGACAAAAACAGUGAGCUUGAGGAGCUUGUCAGAGCCAUUUCUAAAAGGAGCACUGGGCUUGGCAUCCUGAGUGCCAUGGUGCCUUUUCUUGGAGCCAUAAUCUCCUCCAUCGUCCAGGCAGCCAAAAACCCAGGGGAUAAAGCCAGAAUCCAGGCUCUGCAGAACAAGAUCAAUUUACUCGUUUCAGACAAAACUGCACUGAAACAGAGGGAGUACACCUUACAGAAUGAGGUGUUCAGCUGGCAAAUGCAGGCGGCAAAAGCCAAAAUGGAGUUGGGUUCAAUUCCAUCCCCAGAGCAUCUUGACGAGGUUCAGACUUGCCUCUCCAGAAUCCAGCAGAUUCUAGUUCAGCUACAAAAAUUCUGGGAGAAAAUUGGUGCAAUGCUGGAUUACCUGAAGGAUAAAACCUUUGUUGGGGAAGACAUGAUUGAUGACCUAGACAUCUUAAAAGAUGUAUUUUUGGAAUCAAUCACCACAGCUGGAGAGGUUUGGACAAAAUUCGGUGCUGUAUGUGCGAAAGCCAAUGGCAUAUUCAGCGUCCAGGCCAGAGAUGCCUACAGCUUCCUGGAGAUCAAUCCUUCCUCUCUCUCUAAAGAGGAGUGGCAGAGUCAGUAUGAUGCUGUGAAGGAGAAGCUGGAGUUGAUAAAUCCCUCCCCACCUGCCAUUGAGGGGACUGGCACUGAGGAGCCUCCUGCUUCAGCCAUCACCCAGUAA